GGAGAUGCAAGAUGGCGGCUUCCUUGUGGCUGAGGAGUGGCGGAAAGGGGUCGGCGGGACUGCUGCUGUGGGGGCAGUCAGCGUUGCGCGGUGCCGUGGCUUUCCCCGGUCGAGGAGGCUGGAGGCGUCUGCACGGGACCCGAGAGCUGCUGGGUAUACCUGGUAUUAAAGUUCUCAUGCCUGCACUUUCUCCUACUAUGGAGGAAGGAAACAUUGUGAAAUGGUUUAAAAAGGAAGGUGACACAGUGAAUGCUGGAGAUGCAUUGUGUGAAAUUGAAACAGACAAAGCAGUGGUUACCAUGGAAUCAAAUGACGAUGGCAUAUUGGCUAAAAUACUGGUGAAUGAAGGAAGCAAAAACAUACGCUUGGGCUCACUAAUUGCUCUGCUGGUAGAGGAAGGACAGGACUGGAAGCAAGUUGAAAUACCAGCUGAUGGUGGUGAUCCGUCUUCUCCGGCUCCACCAGCACAUGUACUUACCUCAACUCCUGCAGGUACUUCAGUAUCAGCCCCUCCUAAACUGGAACAUCAACCUGGAAAAUUGCAGGUUCGCUUAAGUCCUGCAGCUCGCAACAUUCUGGAGACUCAUGGAUUAGAUCCGAGCAAUAUUACACCUUCUGGUCCUCGAGGAAUCUUCACUAAAGAGGAUGCUCUCAAACUUCUGCAAGAGAAGCAGAAGGGCAAAUCCAGUGAAUUGAAGCCAGUGGUUUCCCCAGCUCUUCCUCAGCCUACUGCAGUGCCUUCUGCUUUGCAAGCAACAGCUGUGACUUCUGCUUAUCCAAGGCCAGCAGUUCCACCAGUUUCCACACCAGGACAACGUGCUACAUUGGGCACAUUCACAGAAAUCCCAGCUAGCAACAUCCGAAGAGUUAUUGCUAAGAGAUUAACAGAGUCUAAAUCUACUAUACCUCAUGCGUAUGCUGCUGCUGACUGUGACAUUGAUGCUAUUUUGAAAUUAAGAAAGGAAUUGGCCAAAGAUGACAUUAAAGUAUCUGUAAAUGAUUUUAUUAUCAAGGCAACUGCAGUUACUCUGAUGCAAAUGCCAGAUGUGAACGUAACCUGGGAUGGAGAAGUCUGCAGGCAACUGCAGUCCAUUGACAUUUCUAUUGCUGUGGCAACAGACCGAGGUCUCAUUACACCAAUCAUAAAAGAUGUUGCUACCAAGGGAAUAAAGGAAAUUGCUGCCUCUGCAAAGGCUCUAGCAAAGAAAGCAAGAGAUGGAAAGCUGUUACCAGAAGAGUACCAGGGAGGAUCUUUUAGUAUUUCCAACCUGGGCAUGUUUGGCAUCAAUGAUUUCACUGCAGUCAUAAACCCUCCGCAGGCCUGCAUCCUGGCUGUGGGCCGAGCAAGACCAGAGCUCAAGAUUGUGGAAGAUGAAGAAGGGAAUGAGAAACUUAAGCGGCAUCAACUCAUGACAGUGACUCUUUCAAGUGAUGGUCGGGUGGUAGAUGAUGAACUGGCUUCAAAGUUUCUGGAGACCUUGAAAGCCAACAUAGAGAAUCCGAUGCGACUUUCCUUGUAUUAAACUCAGUGAAGAUUGCUUCUUAUUUUGACAACAUAGAUAGCUGUUACGUACUUGGGAUUAUUUUUCUGUAUAGAGGAGUAAAUAGCUACUGUGAGAUGGACAGUUAAAAUACUUAACUUAUUAAAUUAAAAUGAAAACAUAUUAAUUUUCAUGGGUUUAGUCUUUUGCAAUGACCAGGUUUUGUAGCUAAAAGACUUUAACAUACUACAGUUCUUCAAACACUGAGUACUAAUGGCACAUCACGUUUGCAUGAAAAAGUCAAUCCCUUCUGUAAAGGAAAAUUCAAGAAAACUUUAUGAAAUUUAGGAGGGUAUCAUAGAAUAGUUUGGGUUGGAAGGGACAUUUAAAGGCCUUCUAGUUCCCCAUACACCACACCUCCCCCCACAUCAGCAAAAAGCAGGGACAUCUUCAACUACAUCAAGUUGCUUAGAGCCUUGUCAUAUCUGACCUUAUACAUUUUCAGGGAUGGGGCAUCUAUCACCUCCCUGGGUAGCCUGUGCCAGUGUUUCACCACCCUCAUUGUAAACAAUUUCUUCCUUAUAUCUUGUCAAAAUCUGUCUUUUAGUUUAAAACCAUUACCCCUUGUACAAUAACAACAGGCCCUGGUAAAGUGUCCCUCCCCAUCUUUCCUGUAGAUCAGGUCUUUCCUGUGCUCAGGUGGGAUGCUUUAUUCAAGGACUAAAUAUCUAGCUUUAGAGUGAGGAAAGCAAGAAUCGUAAUUGAGCAAAGUGCUGCUAUGAGUCCCAGUCAAUACCGAGGUAACUGAGUAGCUAAAUUAUAAUACUACAGUAGAAAGUUUUUCAAUUUACAGAAGACUUCUCUGGCAUGUUGUGCCAUCCAAAUUAAAUUGAAAUAAGGUUUAUAGGAUUUUGACAGUUACUUCAAUGGUUUCCUACUAAGAGCAAAGAAAUUACAAACCAAAAAAGUUUUGGUUUAAUUUCAUUUAUAUUGCAGAUAUAACACUUCUUUAUCUUCUUUUUUUCUAUAAGCUACAUUGAAGAAAACAAGAUGACUGCAGAGAUGAAUAGGGAAAAGAAAUUACAGGAAAUUCCAAGACACUAAAUUAGAACAUAGAUAAAGUAACCAGUUGAAAUCUAUGGCUUCAUUCAUAUAAUUAGAACUUAUUAAAACACAUUUAAACUGUAGAUGCAUCUAUUUUUUCCAGUAUUUUAAGAUGACUGCACAAUCUAAUGCCUUGCAUAGGGGUAGAGAGGAGAAUAAACUUGUCUGAAUAAAUGUAUUCUCCCUGAA